CGCGGGGCAUGGCCUUCCUGCACACGCUGGAGCCGCUCAUCCCCCGCCACCACCUCAACAGCCGCAGCAUCAUGAUCGACGAGGACAUGACAGCGCGGGUCAGCAUGGCCGACGUCAAGUUCUCCUUCCAGUGCCCGGGCAGGAUGUAUGCGCCCGCCUGGGUGGCUCCCGAAGCCCUGCAGAAGAAGCCAGAGGAAAUCAACAGGCGCUCGGCUGACAUGUGGAGUUUUGCCGUGCUGCUGUGGGAGCUGGUGACGCGUGAGGUGCCCUUUGCAGACUUGUCCAAUAUGGAGAUAGGCAUGAAGGUGGCCCUGGAGGGGCUGCGUCCAACCAUCCCGCCCGGCAUCUCCCCGCACAUCUGCAAGCUAAUGAAGAUCUGCAUGAACGAGGACCCAGCCAAGCGCCCCAAGUUUGACAUGAUUGUGCCCAUCCUGGAGAAGAUGCAGGAGAAGUAGAGGGCAAUGCCCCCCUG